AUGAUCGGUAUCGUGGUGGACUGGAUCAUAUUCCUCAUAGGAUUUCCUGCCGUCUGCCUGGCCAGUUAUGCCCUGUUCAGUUUGGUCAAAACCGGCCGAGUGGCUCCCGUCUAUGUGAUCAACCUGCUCAUKUCAGACCUUCUCCAGAUCACCAUCACGCUGGUCUUCAUUUUCAGUAGGUUCUUUGACACCACAUGUUUGCCUUUCAUYAAGGCCCGCUGCCUGUCAAGGAUCUUUGUUCGCCUGGGCCUCUGCACCAGCCUGGGCUUCAUGUUGUUGAUCUCCCUGGAGAGGUACAUGGUGGUGGUCUGUCCUCUGUGGUACCGCCUCCGACGCUCAGUCAAAAACUCCACCCUGGUCUCUCUGAGCCUCUGGGCACUGGCACUGGUUUACGUUACCUUCGAUUACAUAUUCUUGAUCGACAUGCAGUACUCACUGAUGAUUUUCUCUGCCAUCUCCCUGUUGCCUGCCCCGUUCCUGGUGUUGCUGUUCUUAGUCACUCAGAGGGCCCUCUCCAGGAGUAUGGCUUUCAGGGGGGCAGAAAGGAGGAGGAUUCUGGGAGCUCUGGGUCUGGUCCUGGGCAGUUAUACACUCCUCUUCCUCCCGUACAGCAUCAGGAACCUGUACUACUCCAUCAAGGCCCAUGCKCCCUCAGUGUCAGACCCAGUCAGGGACCUGUCCUCUGUGAUAACCAGUGCCUUGUUGUACCUAAGCCCUCUCACUGACUGCUUCCUCUAUAUCUUCAUGAGGAGGGACCUCAGAGACACUGUGGAUGCCUUCCCUUGCUGCAGGAGGCUGCUCAGUGUGGGAGACGGCAACAGGAGCAGUAGACAGACUGAUCAGGGAGACACACAGACUGGCGCAAGACUGUCCGGUUGA